GUCCAAGGGUGGGCACGGAAGGAAUUCCGCGGGCGGGAGUUGCGGAACCUGGCUCCGGGACGUGGAUGGAGAUGGAGUUCGACUGCGAGGGUCUCAGACGGCUACUGGGCAAGUACAAGUUCAGAGAUCUAACUGUGGAAGAACUAAAGAAUGUAAAUGUGUUUUUCCCACAUUUCAGAUAUUCUAUGGACACCUAUGUGUUCAAAGAUAGUUCCCAGAAAGACCUGCUGAAUUUCACUGGCACUAUUCCUGUGAUGUAUCAGGGUAAUACGUAUAAUAUACCAAUUCGUUUGUGGAUUUUGGAUUCCUACCCUUUUGCUCCCCCCAUUUGCUUCUUAAAGCCAACUGCAAAUAUGGGAAUCUCAGUUGGAAAACAUGUGGAUGCUCAAGGCAGAAUAUACUUGCCCUAUCUUCAGAACUGGAGCCAUCCUAAAUCUGUCAUUGUUGGGCUAAUUAAAGAAAUGAUUGCCAAGUUUCAAGAGGAACUUCCCCUGUAUUCUCUACCAUCAUCUGAUGAGGCACGGCAGGUAGACUUGCUAGCCUAUAUUGCAAAAAUCACUGAAGGUGUCUCAGACAUAGAUUCAAAGAACUGGGUAAAUCAUGAGCAUAAAACAGUCAAUAAAAUUACCGUGGUUGGAGGUGGAGAGCUGGGUAUUGCCUGCACAUUAGCAAUCUCAGCAAAGGGCAUUGCAGACAGACUGGUCCUCUUGGACCUCUCAGGAGAGACAAAAGGAGGGGUGAUGGACCUUGACAUCUUUAGCCUGCCUAAUGUGGAGAUCAGCAAAGAUUUGUCUGCCUCUGCUCAUUCCAAGGUGGUGAUCUUCACAGUCAACUCUUUGGGUAGUUCUCAGUCCUACCUGGAUGUGGUACAAAGCAAUGUGGAUAUGUUCAGAGCCCUUGUCCCAGCUCUGGGACACUAUAGUCAACAUGGUGUCCUGCUCGUCGCAUCUCAACCAGUGGAAAUCAUGACAUACGUGACUUGGAAACUGAGUGCAUUUCCUGUAAAUCGAGUGAUCGGGAUUGGAUGUAAUCUGGACUCACAGAGAUUACAAUAUAUUAUUACAAAUGUUUUGAAGGCACAGCCGUCAGGAAAACAAGUAUGGGUUAUCGGUGAACAGGGAGAAGACAAAGUGCCCACAUGGGGUGGCCAAGAAGAAGUCAUGAGUCCUAACUCUCGGGUGCAGUUGUCCAACAGAGCCAUGGAACUGUUACGGGUAAAAGGUCAAAGAUCCUGGUCUGUUGGACUAUCAGUGGCUGACCUGGUUGACAGUAUUGUAAACAAUAAAAAGAAGAUACAUUCUGUAUCAAUUUUAGCAAAGGGAUACUAUGACAUAAAUAGUGAAGUGUUUUUAAGUUUGCCUUGCAUCAUUGGAAGCAGUGGGGUAUCUGAAGUCAUCCAAAGCACAGUGAAGGAAGAUGUGGUGACUGAGAAAAUCCAAAGCAGUGCAUCAUCAAUCCAUGGUCUCCAGCAACAGUUAAAACUUUGAUUCUAAAGUUCAGUUACCAGAAAGGAAAGGUCAUUUAAUUUUGCCAACAUACAUAGGGUUGAGAAUUUCUGUAUCUUAUUACUUACCCUUACAAACUGCUUGGUUAAAGUAGAUGGUUUCUGAUUAGCUUUGUAAUUUGAAUCCUUAGGAAGUUAAGAUAGGGAGGGGGAAAAGAUCUAAUUUUCUUUGUUGCUCUUGAGCUCUCUAAAACUGUUCUUCCAACCUCCAGCAGAAGAAGACAUUCAUCUACAAUAUGCAUCAUUUAAAUUUAUGGAUCCUCAACUAAAAGCACAUUUAGCACUUUGGGAGUAUUUUGAAAGUACUAUGUUUUUUAAAAGAAAAAGUGACUCCUUGACUAUUAAACAUGAUAAGCUGAAGGCCCAGUAAUGAUUUACAGAAUCUGUGCUAGGUGUACUUUCAAAAGAUCCCCAGCCUAAGGUACUGUUUCUUCUUUAAAAUAUAACUGGUAGUAAUGGGAAAGCAUUUUGUUUUCCCUCUUCAAAUCAAUUAGCUACCAAAAAUUUUAAAAAACGAAUUUUAUGUGCACUUUCAAGUAGUGAAAGUGGAAUUUUUAAUAGUUGAAGAAAAAGUGUAGUUAAAUUUCCAGUGAGACUGUCCUUUCUGAAAUUUUUUAUAACCCCUUCUUGGGCUCUAUCGUAGAUCUCCAGCACCUCAAAAGCCCAUUAUACUAGUAGUACCAUAGAGAAAGGUAUAUUUUUAGUGGAAAUAGGUUAUGAAAAAUAGCCAAGCAAUUUACUUUAUCGCUAAAACAGGAGGAUUUCAUAAAAACUAUUAGUCUUAAAACUUAUAAAAGACUUAUAAAAACUAUAAGCCUUGGAUGGAUUGGCUGUUCUGAACAAACCCUCUAGCCACUCCUGAAGGAGUGAUUGAGCAUAUAUAUGCCUUAUGCGUCAAUAACAAUACGUUGUGUGUGAAAGACCGGGUAUUGUUACAGAUGUGACACAACUAGUAGUAAUACCCAACACUGACAGUGCUGUUUCAGGCAGGGGGAUGAGCACUUUAUUAUCUUAUUGAAUCUUGAAAAUCAUCUGCUGUGGUAGGUUCUAUCAUUUUAUAGAGGAGAAGAUUGAGGGUUAGUGCCCAGGCGUCACAACCCAGGGGCACUUGGCCACAUCACCUCUUCUUUUUCUAACCAGUAGAAGGAAGAAAAAGCCUGACAGCCAAAACAGUGAGCACAAUACCUUAAAGCUAGGGUUCUGUACGCUACAGAAGGAUUACUUCUAUUCUCAUGUAGGGGCUGACUUUCUUUAUUACCCCAAUAUAGUUUUUGAAAGAUGGAUUCCCUGACUUUGCAGACUUGCCCUCAGCAAACAGCAAAAAGGAGUAUGCACUGAGAUAGGUGUUUAUUUGUUUUUCAUUCAGAGGGUACUGAGUGGAAGCCUACAGUACACUAGACACUGUACGGGGCGCUGCAGAUACAGUAGUGGGCCAGCCGGGACUAGGCACAGCCUUCACGGUCCAUACAAUCUAUUAUAGGAGACAUUGUAAUAAAAUCUCAUGAACAGAUGUACAAUUGCAAGAAUAGUUAAGUGCUAUGAAGAAGUCCCAGGUGCCUUGAAAGCACAUAACAGGCAAACCCAAACCUGGUCAGAGAGAUAGGAGCCAGGUGGUUUAUAGGGCAGACACAUCCUGGUUAGAAACAGUAAAACUAAUGCUGGUUUAGUUGAAUAAUGGAUGCUUACAAAUGAGCUUAAAUCAUAAAGUAAAAUUAAACUCAGUGUCCCAUGUUUAAGAAAGUAGAAAAGUAUGUAAUACUUUUGGAAAGAUUCCUGUGAGAAUUACUUGAGCUAAAAACCUUGGACGUUUGAGGAGAUAAGCAUUAGUUCUGUGUAAGUUCACUGCGUUGGGUAGAUUAUUUUGGUGUUACUCUUAACAAUGUAUCCUCACUGUCCUGGUGCAUGAAAUAGGGAAGUAAAACUGAAAGAACCAUUUCUUGUAUUUUUUAAAUGAGAUUUUUCUAAUAUCUAUGAUCUAAUUAGAAAUUAGGUAACUUCUACUAUCUAAUUUCUAAUAUGAAUCUAAUUGAAUAAUAACCUAAUUGCAAGACAUUGUGUAAAAGAUGAAUUACCGAGAGUUCACAAUAUUAAUUAUAAAUGAAGGUCAAUGAAUACAACAAUACAAUGAAUGCAAUACAACAAAUACUUAUUUAGCAUCUACUGUUACUCCAAAUACUGUGUUAGAAUUUAAGUUUUCAAAGUUGAGAAAUAGUCCUUGCUCUGCAGAAGCCCACCCUAUAGAAAUAAUUCUGUCAGUUAUUUCCUCAAGUGCUGAGUAUUCUCAAUCAUGUAGGUUCCAUAUGUAAGUCAAGAAGCAGUACCACCACUACCUCACUAUGAUUUGGUGGUAAUUGCCAUUCACUAUUCUUUUAACUUUCACGGUUUCGUUUUUCCAAAAUCAUGCAGUAUCUCUUGUUGUUAAUUAUUUUUAGUGGGGCGUGGAUUAAAAUGCUUUGAUUUUAUAGUGCAGAGAUAAAUAUUUGAUUUUCCAAUUUAUGUUGUAGCUUUCCUUAAGUACCAAGAGCAUGAGUAAAAUAAAUUUUGACUUUAAAAUCA